AUGGUGAAGUUUCAUAACUCGGACCUAUGGAUAGCCUGGAUGGUCAUCUUCUGCAUGGAGGUGUGUGUGCAGGCACUGGACGUGACAGUGUCCCAGAGCAGCAUCCAGGUGGCCCGUGGUCAGGCGGCCGUCCUGCCCUGCUCUUUCACCACCAGCGCUGCCCUCAACAACCUCAACAUCAUCUGGAUGGUGAUACCGCUGUCCAACGCCAACCAGCCAGAACAGGUGAUCAUUUACCAGGGCGGUCAGGUGUUCAGCCUCGCCAACCACCUCAAUGGCCGUGUGGGCUUCGUGGCCACCAUGCCAAGUACAAGUGCCUCCAUCUUCAUCAACAAUACCCAGCUGUCCGACACUGGGACCUACCAGUGCCUGGUCAACAACCUCCCAGACAGAGGGGGGCGCAACAUCGGCGUCAUUGGGCUCACUGUGUUGGUGCCCCCAUCUGUGCCAGCGUGUCGAAUCCAGGGCACGCUGGAUGUAGGCAGUGACAUCAUGCUGCUCUGCAGCUCGGAGGAAGGUAUUCCCACGCCAUCCUACUCCUGGGAGAAGCUGGACGCGCUGCCCAGGCUGCCGCACAACGCCAUGCAAGACCAGAUGCAGGGGACUGUCACACUGAGAAACAUCAGCACCAGCACCUCAGGACUCUACCAGUGUACCUCCAGCAACGUGAUUGGCAAGAGCACCUGUCUGCUCAACCUGCAGGUUGUAGCACCUCAGCCUCAGAGCGUGGGUCUGAUAGCAGGGACCAUUGCCACAGGGGUCCUGGCAGUCAUCAUCUGUUCCCUCUUAGUGGUGGUCACACUCUUCUACUGGAAGAACAAGAACAAGUACGAUGAAGAGGAGGUCCCCAACGAGAUCAGAGAAGAUGAUCUCCCCCCGAAGAGGUCUUCAUCAGUGAAGGCUUUCCACGCAGAUGCGUCCUCCUCAGAGAACGACACGCUGACAUCAACCAACACGUACAACAGUCGCUACUGGCACAACCCCAAAACCAACUACGACACCAACUCCUACACUCGCUACAAUGGAGACACACGCCAGACCUUCUCCACUGCUGCCCAUGGCGCUCAUGGACCGACAUCGUUUGCUAACGGCAGCCACACACUCCCACCGCCCAAGACUCUGGUGGUCACGACGAACUCGGCCCCGUCCCCUCCCGCCAUGGUGCGCAGCAACGGCUCGGUGAGCCUCAAACCGGUGGUGGCGUCCACACAUGGGCAGCACACGCACUCCUAUGCCGUGAGUCAGGCCACGCUGGAGCGCAUGGGGGCGGUGCCGGUAAUGGUGCCCGCCCAGAGCAGAGCGGGCUCGCUGGUGUAA